AUAAAAUUUCUUUAUAAAUCUCAAAAAUCAGAACAAUUAACUGUUAGUUGAUCGCUAGUUGUUUAAUACAUGUAAACAACUUCAGUCUUCACUCUACUAAAUUUUGACAUUUAGCUUGAUAAAUUAUUAGUUAGUUAAAUUAUCAAAAAUCAAAAAUUCCAAAAACAAUGCCACGCAUAUACAAUCACGAUAAAUCAGAAGAUAAAAAAAGACAUAACCAUGUAACAGUUGCUAAAUUAAUUUAUAGUUAUUUACGCAAAGUGUCAAUAAUGAACGCGCAGCGAAGACGUAAAAAAAAUGCUCUACAUAAUUUUCGCAGAACUCACAUAAUGAGAAAACGACCCCAUCCUGGUCGUUAAUCUAAAAUCUGUUAUUUAAAAUUUAACGCAAAUUUCCAUUUCAUCGCAGAAAAACGUCCAUUCGUGAGCUUUUUAUGAUCCAACAGUCCUUGGUAUUUAUUGCAUUGAUUAAAAAUUAACGUAUAUUUCCUGGAAGCAUGUAAAAAAUAUAUCAGGAUAUAUGCAUGUAUGUAUCUACGUAUUGCACCGGUGAAUAUAUGAGUAGACAUGUACGUACAUUUAUAUACAAAUGUAGAAAUAGUAAUAUACUCUUGUCAUGAUGAUCAGUGAUGGUUGAUGGGGCCAAAGCUGAUGAGCAGACCUUUAGAGUACGUGGACAGCAACUGAUGGUUCACAAAGUUACGACAAUCUCUGUACAAUCACAUCACGUAAUACAAUAUGUAUACAUGCAUGUACUCGAGCUUUUUUACCCAUUGGAAGUCACUUGGUGUCAUCCCAGGCUCGCAGUUCGUUUACCACUUUAAAGCUCUCCAGUUCUUAUUUUGCCUUUAAAGUUUGAAAGUUUAAAAUUUUUUUAGUAAUUUUAUUUGAUAAUAAAUAUUUAUAAUUAAAAUUAUUGUUAUUAUUAAUACGGUGGUUAUAAUGAUGAAUUGUUUAAGUGAACGAAAAAAGUAUCAAAGAAGUGAAAAAAAAGCAAUAUCUGAUGACAAAAAAGACGAUAAAUAUUAUGAGCGUCGUAAGAGGAAUAAUGAAGCUGCUAAAAAAUCACGCGAUGCUAGGAAACUUCGUGAAGACUAUACGGCAAUGAGAGCGAAAUUGUUAGAGAACGAGAACGGGAUCCUCUGGAAAAAAAUAAUUUUACUGUGUCAAGAAAUUGAAACCCUCCAUGAAGUGAUAAGAAAAAUUCAACGAUACGUACCGACAGAUAAAGCAGAUGAUAAUUGCUCAAUGAAUCUCAAUCAAUGGGAAGCGAUCUUCAAUGGUAGAAAAUCUUUGUGCUGCAAAACUAUACCCGAGUAUCCGUCAUCAUCAUCAUCAACAUCAUCAAUUGUCAAUAAUAACAGUGGUAGCGUGACCGCUCUGACAGUUAUCUCACGGCUUUCAUCAAUUUUGCAUUCACCUACGCAGUCUGCCAUCUAAUACUCCUAUUAUUUACCUCUACGUGUUGCUUUAUUUACUCUGAGCAAUCAUAAUAUUUACCCGUAUAUACCUCUAAAUUAAUUAUUUCUUUCAACAGUUUAAUAAUUUAUAGCUAAGCACGGCAAAUAUGAUUAUCAUAAUUGUAUUAUAUUAAAUUGUAUUGUUUUAGUAACAAUAACUGUUAUUAUAUUGAAUGUAUUAUCACCUGAGUGCAAUGAAAAGCAAGCAAUAUUAAUACAGAGCAUCUGAAAAUGA